AUGGCACCGGAGAGGUGCUUUCCUCACGGCUUCCUGCGCCGCCUCCAGCGCGCCACGUUUCUGUUUUUUUCUAUGCUCGCAGCACUCUACGCCACCACUUCCUUGUACUACGUGGUGCGCAUCAGCGUGGUCGAGGAGCCUGACCUUUACCAUCAGAUUGGCAGCAAUGUCAAGGGCUUUGCUCAACGGUGGGUGCCUUGGGCUGUGCCCAUGAGCGAACACCUCGCUGGUAGCCCCAGCGCUGCCGAGGCUGAUGCGGCAUCGCUUCUCGUCACCUUGCGCGCCAGCUCCCACGAACCCUACACGCAGAUGUACAAGGCUCUGCGGAUCGGCGAGCCUCUGACAAGGCAGCGCGUGCGCAACCCUGCCCUUCCGGCCGACGUACCGCUCUCGGACGACGACAGGGAGCGUCCAUCCGCGGAGCACGGUGGCAGCCUUCGCAACGCCGUGCCGUUGCGUCAGCGCUACGUCCUGGACAAGCUGCAGGCGGGCAGGCGCUACAUGAUACGGCUCAGCUUCUUGGGCUCGCCAAGUGUAGGCUUUGACCUGGUGCUCUACCAAGUGCGCCGCUCUAGUGUGCAGAGGUUCCUCAAGGACAGCAUCGACGCCGCGGGAGCAGCGUCUCCGACGGCACGCGGUUGGUCAGAGGAGCCGCAGGACACAGAGCUGUUCGUCUUCUCCACCAGUCGUGACAACGCGCUCGAGUUCCGCGCCGAGAAGGACGUGUGGGUGGACAGAGAGGACAUCGAUGGUGUAGCGAGUGGCAGUGAUGGCACCGGCGCCACACUGCGGGGCGUCAUCCGCGCAGCGUCUGGCACCGAUGAUCCAUUUGUGCCGGUUGUCGAGGUGCGCCCGCGUGCGCUUUCGAUCCCGGUGGACGCCUACCGCGUGCCCAUCGUCCUCUUCAACAUAGAACUGGAGUGGCUGAGCUGGCCCUUUCUGCCCAAGAUUGUUGUUCUCUUCUUGAUCUACUUCGUGUGGGUACUCGUCUUCGUGGGGUACCUCGGUGUCUACACGCUGGUGAGCAGCGGUAUCGCUGGCGGCGAGGAGGUCAAGCAGAACCUUGACUAA